GCGUCAGCAACAUGAUCGCCAAGCUUGCCAAAACCUGUACCCUCCGCAUCAGCCCGGAUAAGCUGAACUUCAUCCUCUCCGACAAAGUGGCCAACGGAGGCGUGAGCAUGUGGUGUGAGCUGGAACAGGAGAACUUCUUCAGUGAAUUUCAGAUGGAAGGUGUCUCCGCUGAAAACAACGAGAUUUAUUUAGAGCUGACGUCGGAAAAUUUAUCUCGAGCUUUGAAAACUGCCCAGAAUGCCAGAGCCUUGAAGAUCAAGCUGACUAAUAAACACUUCCCCUGCCUCACGGUCUCCAUAGAGCUGUUAUCAGUGUCGAAUAGUAGCCGCGUCGUGACACAUGACAUCCCCAUUAGGGUCAUUCCUAGAAAAUUGUGGAAGGAUCUGCAAGAGCCUACAGUCCCAGACGCUGACGUUAGCAUCUAUUUGCCAGUCUUGAAGACCAUGAAGAGCAUCGUGGAAAAAAUGAAAAACAUCAGCAAUCACCUUGGUGCAGGUCCCCCUGCCGAGGCGGGCUCGAGGACCCGGCCUGUGGUGGAGAGCCUGCAGUCUCAGAUGCCCUGA